UUGUAGCUGUAAGGUCUUGAGGAUGUGGUUGAGUUUGAGUUUUACAAACACUAAAGUUCUUGACAGAAGAUAUAGGUAGUAAAUGAAGUAUCUUAUUUCUGUCCUUGAUCAUGGAAAGGGGCAUAUCGAACUGACUGUGGUGGGAGGAGUAUGUUUGCUGGGGACUUUCCAGUAGAAAACCAGUGGGGCAGGUGUCUGGGCUUUUCUUUGACUCAAUGCAACAUUGAAUGGUCUUGAAAUGUGCUUAUUAUCACAAGUUAUUUGAAGUAGGAAUUGACUUUGAAUGUUAGGUUUUGUCCUCUAAAGCUAUGAAUACCUUGAUCUGGCUCUUUUUAAGUGGUGUUUUAUUUUCCAUGUGAUGUAAAAUGCUUGUUCAGGAGAUUUCAUGUGUGCAAACUGGAGCAAGGUGCCUUUUUCACUCUGAUAACUGUAGCAGGCGCAUGACCAAGAGAUAAGUGCUGGUUCUGAAUUUCUUUUUUUUUUUCUUUUUUUCUGUGUUCGUUGUUUUUUUCUUUUUAGCAAUGAACUGGGAAUUUCUUGUUAGCCAUGCUGACACCUGCAACUCUAUGCCAUUUUUCUUUAUAGAUAUACUGACUUUUGAAUAUGUGGUAAAUACAGAGAAAAAAAAGCCCCUCCAGUGUUGUUUCCUGCAAAGACCAUUCUUAAGAGCUCGUUGGACAGCGCAGGGCUCUUGAAGUGAUAGCUAAUUGGUGAAAGAAAGGCCCCGAUUGUCUUGAGGGAGCUGGAAAGUGCUGCGUGUGCUGCUGAAAGGGACUAGGGAGAAGGUGCCUGGUUUCGCUGAGCAGCUGCUGCUGGAGAUGUUUGGAGAUUACAUCAGCAUUGGAAAAAAGGGGCAAAAAAAAAGUCCAACUUCACAGAGACGGAGUUUAUGGAGUUUUUUUCCCCUUCCAAAGGUCUUCUGACAAUACUGUCAUUGUCAAUAUAAGAGUUGUUAAUUCUUUAUGAAUAGCACAUGGGGCCUCUUGACUAAAUAGUACGUUACAUGUCCCAAAUCUGUCAGCUGGGCUCUUCUCUCACAUGCUAGUGAGAUCACUUUGAUUGGAAUGUUACAGGAAUUGCGGGGCCGGCCACAGAACUGAAUACUGCAUUAUAUAAUUAGAUCUCCCCAAGUAUUUUUUUUUCACAUUACCUCAUUAUUCUAGCUUAAAUAUGGAAUCAGUCCUUUUGAUGAUUUUGCUGAUUGUGAUUAUAUUCAUACGAUUCAUUUUAUGGUCCUGCCUUAGUGCUUAUAUAGAUUACAAACUGUCCCGAAGGUUUCCUGACAAGAGAAAAGAGGACUAGGAUACUUCAAAAGGCUUGUUCGGAUUUGAACUGGCAAUGAGGACAACUGGACGAGGUAAAUGGAGCUAGAGCAGAUUUUACUUCGGGUUCUGAUGAGAGAGAAAUGACCUGCUGAGACUGCAACUGAGUGAAGAGUCUUCAGAAGGCCUCAUGCUGACAGAGAGGGGGGGAAAUCCAACAACUGAUUGAAUCAAACGACUUCCUAUCAGACUAGGGCAAGAAUUUGUUGUUGGGAACAGACUUGUGGACUUUUGCCAAUGAAAUGAUCUGGACAAGCUGGAUGGAAUCCUAUUGUUGGGCAGUCCAAGACUGCCAGUGGCCCCGUCUUGAUACAUGAAAUGCGAUGGCUCAUUGCCUGCUGGACAAACUGCUGAUCUGCACGUUAAGAUGUCAGCUGCACAGCCUGCCUGGAUGCAACAACUGACUGUGCCUGAACGAACAUGAGGAUUACUGGCCCAGUUUAGGAUCCGUGUCUAAGGAAGCAGAUUUACAGAGUGCAUUUUUACAUGAUUGACUGUCUUGUUGCUAAAUUUUUCUUGUGGUUCAUCCCGGUCAGUUGGAUCAGAAACUGAGUGUUUUUAACUGGCUAUAACCUGAUGAUUAUCCCCAUUUCUUAUCAAGUGAUAUAUCCGAAUAAUCACGCACUGCACACCACUGGAAUACUCUGCUCCAUGAAAAACAGAUCUGCGCAUCUGAGUUUGUCUGACAGACUAGCUGUGCUUCAGCAGCGCCAGGUGGGGGGACAUGCAACAACGCUCAGAGUCCUUGCAAAGUAAUUUCAUUUCUAGGCUUUCAUAAGGAGCUACUGGGACACGGGAAGAUUUGACGACUUGCCCAAGGCAAUAGUGACUUAGGAUUCUUUGGUGGUUAAUGCAUCUUGCAAAAUGGGACAGGGGAGUCCAAGUGAAUUGUUUGCCUUCAGAUGGCUGUUAUACUAAGUCAAACAUCCAAAGAACCUUGCUGCAACAACAGAAUUUAACACCUGCUUUUAAGAACUUGGUUUUCCUACAGCAAAAGUAGGAAAAUUGUACUGCCUUGCCUGAGAAAUGAAUUGAAAUGCAAUGUCCUUGGCCCAGUCAACUUUAAAAAGGUUUCUCUGGGUUGAUGAUUUUUAUGUCAUUUGAAAGUAAAGGCUCCCACGUGAUAAACUUACUUCAGCGUCUCUGGGUAGCUUAUGUGAUGAUAUCAGACUUCAGCCUAGGUAAAAACCCGAAGCAUUCCUCUAAAGAGUUUCUGGCCCAUUCAUGAGUUACACACUCCCACAGGCUUGUCUCUUUUUAGCAACUGUUAAUCAGCCCUUAUCACUUUGUUGUUUGAAGCCUCCUAAAAUUCAGACAUGAGAGGUGGCAUGUGUUUAUGCUGUGGAGCAGGGUAAAUGUCAGGUCAAUUGAUUGCAGCUUCAGGUUUUAUUUAUGGUGGAUGAGCAACCUACAAGACAGCCCGCGAUGUCUGAAGAUGCAUGCCAUUGCCUUGGAAUCUAGCUAGUUAAUAAAUUAUGUCUAGAUGUAACUAA